CGAAAUAUUUAGUUUUACAUUGCCUAAUAUACUGCUAAUGAGUCGCAAUUCGUUUGAUAUGGACAGUUAUUCAUUGUGCUAAAGCUAAAGCUACAGUAAUACGACUGUGGACGUGGCAACCAGGCUGACGAGCUAACAUUAGCUAGCAACACAGACUCUUACACAACGUAAUGUGAAAAGUUAGAAACGUGGCGUAAGAAAACGAGUCGUUUUUGCAUCACUAACAGACUGAACACAUUGACAGCAUAUGACAGCAUAUUGACCUGCCCGGAGAGAAUGACAUGGGAUUGUUAAAAACAGCUCGCACGUCACAUCAUUGUUAAUAGCUAAAUAACAUUAACAUUUUAGCGUUGUGUUUUUGAAGAAGAUUUCGGGUUUUGGACGAAUCGUACAAAAUAUUACCAAGCAGUGUCUGUUUCCUAACAUCUUCACGUUUAUUACACAUAUCCCAUUUACGCUCUAGCCUACACAAUGGCACUUACUUGUAGAUAAAGUUGCAGCUAUUACUGUCGGAUAUUUAACUGCUGGUGUCUUUUGGGGGUUCAUUGUAUGCCGAAUACACUAAAACAGCCCAACGAUUCGUGCCAUUUUUUAAUAAUCUCCUACUUUAUGGGUGUGCUUUUAGUUUAGAAAGGCAACUUUAAACCGACGGCUUUUCUGUAUAGAGUACAGCUAUUAAUAGGUUAUGUCAUGUAGAAACCAUACUGCCGAGAAAGUUCAGGUCAAUAUGUGUUCUGUCCGUCUGUCUGCCAUAGAAGUAAGCUGGGGAACCAGAGAACACCAGAGAACAAUGUCUCCUCCGCGGCUCACAGGUGCUCUGCGCUCCUUCUCCAAUGUGAGCAAGAAGGAGGCCAUUACUGAGCAGCUCUAUGAUCUGAAGACCAAACGACUGAAGAGACGGGAGCUGUUUGCCAGAGAAGGUCUAACAUGGAAGAAGAUUUUCCAUUUGUGCUCCGAGCAUCAGGACAAAGCUGACCAGCAAGCUGCCAGUCAGGAGCUGAAGAGCCUCCUUCUGGCAGCCAAGGAAAUAGUGGGGACUGAACAUGGUCAGGCAGCCAUUGAAAGUGCUGCUGUCUUUCUGUUUGAGACCUUCCACAACAAAGACCAUGUGGGCACAGAGGAGACCCGAGCCAUCAAACAGAUGUUCGGCCCCUUCCCGUCAUCUGCAGCCGAAGCCUCCUGUGCCUGUGUGGCUCGGCUGGUGGCUCCACUCGGAGACUCCCGAGUUGAGAACUUCAUCCAGACCCUGUGCUCCCGUCACAACCCCCAACGAAGCUCUGCUUUCGGACGCAACAUCGCCUUUUCGCAUGACUGCUACGCAUUGGACCCUCUGGAGGACCUGCCCUGCUCUGGCAUCCACGAGGAGAACACAAGUCUAGACUUCAUCAACUUCCUCAACAGCCAGCAGAGCGAGAGAAAGGCGAGUGAGGAAGAGGGGUCCAGCUCAGGAAGAGCUCUGAGCUCUGGGGAUGGAGCCGUCCUUAGAACGGAGGUGGAGAAGUAUCUGGAUGGAGGCAACAUGAUCUCGUCCAGCCCAGAGGAGCUGUGCACCUCCCUGUUUGAAAUGCUGGCCUCCCACAAGAGCGACGAUGAGCUGCAGAACGAGGUUUGUGUCACUGGGAAAUACAAUCUGACAUAUACAGUAUAUAUCAGUGGCGGGCCGUGCAUUUUCUACCUGGGCCUUCACUGCUGUCCUGCAGUUGAACCACCUAACCUCAUUAUGACGCCACAACCCGCCCUGUGCAGCAUCCAAGCGCUAGGAUUGGCCAGGUGUCUGUGCUCGCAGAGGUACUGGUUACCUGAUUCGUCCGGUUCCUAUGUGUUCCUAUAUCCUGACCCUCACUACUCGAGCAGCGCAGAAAAUAUGAGCCGAUUAAUCAGUGGCGAAGUGACCAAGCCCACCUAUGGCUGCCAGGUGACCAUCCAGUCAGAGCAGGAGAAACAGAUGAUGAAGAUGUACCGCAGGGAGGAGAAGAGAGAGAGGAAGAGAGGCAAAGGAAUAGAGGACAGCGACUCCUCAGACGCUGUCCUGACGUUCGACCCCAGAGAGAUGAGAACCCAGCGGGAGCAGGCCCUGCUGACUGCACGACGUGAACCUGUGCUGAGCAGAGAAAGAGUGUAUGAACGUAUCCGGUACCCCAAUGUCUAUGACAGCUACGCGGAGGCCACAAAGAUGCCUGCGUUUGUUGGAGGAGCCAGGCUGCUGCUACCCGAGGGAAUCCGCAGAGAGAACUCUAAGAUGUAUGAAGAGGUGGAGAUCCCACCCACCCAACCCAUGGCCAUCGGCUUUGAAGAGAAGCCUGUCUACAUCUCUGAACUAGAUGAGAUCGCCCAGCUGGUGUUCAAGGGGAUGAAGCGUCUGAACAGGAUCCAGUCCCUGGUCUUUGAGACGGCCUACAACACCAACGAGAACCUUCUCAUCUGCGCUCCAACUGGCGCCGGCAAGACCAACAUCGCCAUGCUGGCGGUCCUUCACGAGAUCCACCAGCACCUGCAGCCCGGGGGCGUCAUCAAGAAGGAUGAAUUCAAGAUCAUAUAUGUGGCUCCUAUGAAGGCCUUGGCAGCUGAGAUGACUAAGUACUUCAGUAAGCGAUUGGAGCCACUGGGCAUCACUGUUAAGGAACUCACUGGAGACAUGCAGCUAACCAAAGGAGAGAUCCUACGAACACAGAUGUUGGUGACGACUCCAGAGAAGUGGGAUGUCGUGACCAGGAAGAGUGUUGGAGAUGUGGCUCUCUCCCAGAUUGUGCGUCUCCUAAUCUUGGAUGAAGUUCACCUCCUCCAUGAAGACCGAGGACCAGUACUGGAGAGCCUGGUGGCCCGGACCAUCAGACAGGUGGAAUCCACCCAGAGUAUGAUCAGGAUCCUGGGACUGUCAGCCACUCUACCCAACUAUCUGGAUGUGGCCGCCUUCCUGCACGUCAACCCCUACAUCGGCCUCUUCUUCUUUGACAGUCGCUUCAGACCGGUGCCCCUUGGACAGACCUUUGUUGGCAUCAAAUCCACUAACAAGAUCCAGCAGCUUCAUGACAUGGAGGAGGUGUGUUACAACAAAGUUCUGGAGCAGGUUAAAGCCAGUCAUCAGGUGAUGGUGUUUGUCCACGCUCGUAAUGCCACAGUGAGGACGGGCAUGGCGCUGAUCGAGAUGGCAAAGAACCAUGGAGAGACAUGCUUCUUUCAACCAGACCAGGGUCCAGACUACGGCCAGUGUGAGAAGCAGAUCCAGCGCUCCAGAAACAAGCAGAUGAAGGAGAUGUUCCCAGAAGGCUUUGGGAUCCAUCAUGCUGGCAUGCUGCGGUCUGACCGCAGCCUGAUGGAGAGCAUGUUCUCCAAGGGCCACCUCAAGGUGCUGGUCUGUACUGCCACCCUGGCCUGGGGAGUGAACCUACCGGCCCAUGCAGUCAUCAUCAAGGGCACUCAGAUCUACGAUGCCAAGCGCGGUGCCCUGGUGGAUCUGGGCAUCCUGGACGUCAUGCAGAUUUUCGGGCGCGCGGGUCGCCCCCAGUUUGACAAGUACGGUGAGGGCACCAUCAUCACCACCCACGAGAAGUUGAGCCACUACUUGACCCUGCUCACCCAGCAGAACCCCAUCGAGAGUCAGUUCCUGGACAGCCUGGCUGACAACCUCAACGCUGAGAUUGCUCUGGGGACUGUCACCAACGUGGAGGAGGCAGUGAAGUGGCUCAGUUAUACUUACCUCUAUGUUCGCAUGAGGGCCAACCCACUGGCUUACGGCAUCAACCACAAGGCUUAUCAGAUGGAUCCUUCCUUGGAGCUGUACAGGAAGGAGCUUGUGGUGGAGUCAGGUAGGAAGCUGGAUAAGGCCAGGAUGAUCCGCUUCGAAGAGCGCACCGGCUACUAUGCCUCGACUGACAUGGGCAGGACCGCCAGCCACUUCUACAUCAGAUACAACACCAUAGAGACUUUCAAUGAACUUUUCAACUCUCAGCAGACAGAAGCUGACAUCCUCAGUAUUGUCUCCAAGGCUGAAGAGUUUGACCAGCUUAAGGUCCGUGAUGAAGAGAUGGAGGAGCUGGAACAGUUGCUGUGUAACUACUGUGAGCUGCCGGCUGCAGGUGGGGUGGAGAAUGGCUAUGGCAAGAUCAAUGUUUUGCUUCAGACGUACAUCAGCCGAGGAGAGGUGGACAGCUUCUCACUCAUCUCAGACCUGUCGUAUGUGGCACAGAAUGCUGCUCGAAUCGUCAGGGCUUUGUUUGAGAUUGCCCUGAGAAAGCGGUGGCCGGCCAUGACCUACCGACUGCUCACCCUCUGUAAGAUGAUAGAUAAGCGGCUGUGGGGCUUUGCCCACCCUCUCCGCCAGUUCCACAACCUAAGCCAUGUUGUACUGAACCGCUUGGAGGAGAAGAAGCUCACUGUGGACAAACUGAAGGAAAUGAGGAAGGAUGAGAUUGGUCAUAUGCUGCACCAUGUCAACAUCGGCCUAACAGUCAAACAGUGUGUCCACCAGAUCCCCUCAAUCACAAUGGAGGCUAACAUUCAGCCAAUCACACGCACUGUCCUACGGGUUCGUCUCAUCGUCACGCCUGACUUCCGCUGGAAUGAUCAGGUCCACGGCUCGGUGGGUGAGCCAUGGUGGUUGUGGGUGGAGGAUCCCAUCAAUGAUCACAUCUACCAUUCCGAGCACUUCCUCCUGCAGAAGAAACAAGUGGUAACAGGAGAGCCUCAGCAUAUAGUGUUCACCAUCCCCAUAUUUGAGCCGCUGCCCUCCCAGUACUACAUCAAGGUGGUGUCUGACCGCUGGCUUGGGGCCGAGGCCGUCUGCAUCAUUAACUUCCAGAACCUCAUCUUACCCGAGAGACACCCCCCACACACUGAGCUGCUGGACCUGCAGCCGCUGCCGGUGACAGCCUUGGGGAACCAGGAGUACGAGAGCCUGUACAAGUUCACCCACUUCAACCCCAUCCAGACUCAGAUCUUCCACACGCUGUAUCACACCGACACCAACGUUCUGCUGGGAGCGCCAACGGGCUCUGGAAAAACCAUCGCAGCAGAGAUGGCCAUGUUCCGGGUCUUCAACAAGUAUCCGACUGCUAAGGUGGUGUACAUCGCCCCACUGAAAGCCCUGGUCAGAGAGAGGAUCGAGGACUGGAAGAUCAGGAUUGAGGAGAAACUGGGGAAGAAAGUGGUGGAGCUGACGGGUGACGUGACUCCAGACAUGAGAGCUAUAGCUCAGGCCGACCUCAUCGUCACCACACCAGAGAAGUGGGACGGAGUGAGCCGAAGCUGGCAGAACAGGAGCUACGUCCAGAAAGUAGCCAUUCUCAUCAUCGAUGAGAUCCACCUUCUGGGUGAGGACAGAGGUCCAGUGUUGGAGGUCAUCGUGUCCCGGACCAACUUCAUCUCCUCUCACACAUCAAGGACCGUCCGAGUAGUCGGUCUGUCCACCGCUCUGGCCAAUGCUCGAGACCUCGCUGACUGGUUGGGAAUCGGACAGGUGGGUUUGUUUAACUUCCGUCCGUCUGUUCGCCCCGUACCGCUGGAAGUUCACAUCCAUGGUUUCCCAGGGCAACACUACUGCCCCCGCAUGGCCAGCAUGAACAAGCCUACCUUCCAAGCGAUACGUAGCCACUCCCCAGCCAAGCCGGUGCUGAUUUUUGUCUCAUCACGACGGCAAACUCGACUGACUGCUCUGGACCUCAUCGCCUUCCUGGCUACAGAGGACAACCCCAAACAAUGGCUGCACCAGGACGAGAGAGAGAUAGAGGCUAUCAUCGCCACAGUGCGGGAUUCUAACCUGAAGCUAACACUGGCCUUUGGGAUCGGCAUGCAUCACGCAGGCCUGCAUGAGAGAGACAGGAAGACUGUGGAGGAGCUGUUUGUCAACUGCAAGAUCCAGGUUCUGAUUGCCACCAGUACUCUGGCUUGGGGGGUGAACUUCCCUGCUCACCUGGUGGUCGUUAAGGGAACUGAAUACUUUGAUGGUAAAUCCAGGCGCUACGUGGACUACCCCAUUACAGAUGUCCUGCAGAUGAUGGGCCGAGCAGGUCGGCCUCAGUUUGAUGACCAGGGCAAAGCCGUGAUCCUCGUCCAUGACAUCAAGAAGGAUUUCUACAAGAAGUUCCUCUAUGAGCCUUUCCCCGUUGAGUCCAGCCUCCACAGUGUGCUGUCAGACCAUCUGAAUGCUGAGAUUGCUGCAGGAACCAUCUCAUCCAAACAGGAUGCAAUGGACUACAUCACCUGGACGUACUUCUUCAGGCGGCUGGUGAUGAACCCCAGUUAUUACAGCCUAGAAGACAUCAGCCACGAGUCCGUUAACAAGUACCUGUCCAACCUGGUGGAGAAAAGCCUGCGGGAGCUGGAAUGCUCUUUCUGCAUAGAGAUAAAGGAGGAUAAUCGGACCAUUGAGCCACUGACCUACGGUCGCAUCGCCUCCUAUUACUACCUGAGGCAUCAGACCAUUGGCACCUUUAAAGAGCGACUGAAGGCGGAGCUGCCCAUCCAUGAGCUGCUCUCCGUCCUGACGGAUGCAGAGGAGUAUGCCGAGCUGCCCGUCAGACACAAUGAGGACCAGCUGAACAGUCAGCUGUCUCAGCAGCUCCCCCUGCAGGUCAACCCCCACUCAUACGACAGCGCCCACACCAAGACCCAUCUGCUGCUGCAGGCCCACUUCAGCCACACCCCGCUGCCCUGCAGCGACUACACCACCGAUACCAAGACAGUACUGGACAACACCAUCCGAAUCUGUCAGGCAAUGCUGGACGUAGCUGCCAACGAAGGCUGGCUCGUCACGGCCAUCAGUAUCUGCAACCUGUUGCAGAUGAUCGUCCAGGGCCGCUGGCUGCACGACUCGUCAUUACUGACUCUACCACAUGUUGAACAACAACACCUCUAUCUGUUCAGGAAAUGGUCAAACAGGAAGGGGAGGAGCAACGUGGGAGGCUUCUACUUGCCAAUCGAAGGACUUCCAGAACUGAUUGCUGCGUGCAAUGGAAAGGAAAGUGUUUUCGCUGCUAUCGUCGGUCAAGAGCUUCAAUCAAGUGAGAUUGCCCAGGCCUGGUCCUUCCUGAGUCACCUCCCAGUGCUGGAGGUCUACAUGAGCGUGAAGGGCUGGUGGGAGCAGAGCCAGGAGCAGAUGGAGCGUCCGCUGCCAGCAGCAGGAGCUAACCCGAAGGAGGGCAGCAGCUGGCUGGAUGUCCACGCGGACCAGGAGUACGUCCUGCAGGUGUCUCUGAGACGCAUCAACCUGGGCCAGCAGAGGAGGAAGCAGGACAGUAAGGCCCAGGCUUCCAGGUUCCCCAAGGCGAAGGAUGAAGGCUGGUUCCUGGUCAUGGGAGAGGUGGAUCGCAGGGAGCUGCUGGCUAUCAAACGGGUGGGAUACGUGCGCCACCACACGGCCGUGUCGGUGGCCUUCUUCACACCAGAGAGGACUGGAAAGUGUAUCUACACACUGUACCUGAUGAGUGACAGCUAUCUGGGUCUGGACCAGCAGUAUGACAUCCACCUGAAUGUAACACCGGCCAGCAUCACGGCUCAGGUCAACACAGAGGUGUCCGACUCAGUGACUGACCGGUCCCGACACUAAACCUCCUCAUCCUGUGUCACUGAUCGGUGGAGCACUCUCAUCUACGUGUGCUUCAGUUAGUCAUGGUUAACAUUGACAGUGACUCUUACUUUCUGUAUUGCAUUCUGAUCAAUUAAAGCUACUGUUGUCAAAACAAAUGAUUCAUGUCUCUCCUACGAUGGCUUUCUCUGAUCAUGUAACAUCAGUGGGAAAUGGAUGCUCUAGAAGAAUAUCUUGUGAUUCUUUAAAGGAAAAAAGUUUUAUGUUUUCAUGUUAUUGAUUUAAUUUAACCUAAUUUAACACAGACUUUCGGCCACACAGCAGGUAUUUUUCACCAUCACGGAUGGACAAUACUUAUGUCCCAUAGAUAAGGUGUCUCCUUCAAAGGCUGUCCCUCUCUCUCUUCACAUGGUCGUGAAAUAAAGCUUUCUUUUGCCACAACACAACCAGUCUCCAGGACCUGAGAAUCCUCUAAAAGUCAUGUCUCAGUGAGUGAAGGCUUCCGUGUGCUUCAGAUGAAGUGACGUGGCAUCCGAUCACGUCUAAAGGCUGAAUGGUUUCUACAUGGUGACAUCUUCUGUGUGUCUUUGAAGUCUCAACACCAUGAAGUGUACUAAUGGAAAUAAACCCUCACACUUUCAGACCGUCUCUGCUCGUAGACUUUGAUGUUGUUCCACUUGGUUGUACGCACAAAAACUGACCGUAGUUCUGUGAGGAAUACAAGAACCAUGAGAACGUUCACACCCAGCCAGUCGUUAGCCGACUGUCCAGUUAUAUGAAACCCGUUACCCAGAGAUUCUACCACUGAAGGUUUCGUACACUCUCAGAUGAUCCGACAGCUCACAGUUGCAAAGUGUCUUUCUAAUUUGUGGAGAAGGUUCAGCUUCAGUCUACUUGCUUCCACCCCCCAGAGACUACAUCUAUUGAAGGGGGCCGCCCUGAACCAGGACAGAGCUUAUGCCAGUGGAACGUUCACUUCAUUUUGUAUGCCACUGAAGUUUGUCCGGACAAACUAGGCUCCCCAAGAUUUACUACAAAAAUCAAUUCCUGUCAACAUCCAAUAUGAAACAGGCUUCUGUAGAGCUGUGUAUACAAGUCACGUGUUGCCCUUUCAUUGGCUGAGGAGGAGAAGAAGGCCUAAGCAUCCCACAAAAAAGAAAUAUGUAUCUGGCAAAGAAUACA